GGAACGGUGCAUCCUCACCGAGCACCGGGACUCCUGGACUCCAGCUCUUAAGUGCAAAAUGACAGAGUCAAGCUUGCGGAUCAGUGGGGGCGCCGUCAGAUUUGGAGCCACCUAUGGAGGCAACCGUCUGUUCUCUGGAGCCCGGAGUGGUGGAGGCGCCAGCUCGGCUCUGUCCCGUUCACUCGGCCUGGCAAGAGGAGGUGGAGGAGGAGGAGGUUUGGGUCUAGGUUUUGGAGCUGGAGCUGGAGCCGGUGCAGGUGCUGGAUUGGGCCUUGGCGGAGGGGCUCUGGCUCUCGGUGGGGGUCUUGGGUUAGGUGGUGGUCUUGGGUUGGGUGCCGGUGGUGCCAGAGCUGCAGGCAUCAGGGCUGGUGUGGCUCCCCUGAGAUCCCAUCUGGGUGGCAGAGUGUUUAAAAUCGGAGGCUAUGGUUAUAACCCAUCCUUCAUCAGCUCUACCACCACAGUGGAUGCAGGUGUUGGUCCGAUGCCCAGCAUUGACCCCUCGCUGCCAUCACCAGACACAGUUCAGGUCACACGCAUGAAAGAGAAGGAGGAACUGCAGGCUCUCAAUGAUAAAUUUGCAUCUUUUAUUGAUAAGGCCCGGUCUCUGGAGCAGCACAAUGCAGUUCUCAGAGCCAAGAUUUCUAUGUUUACUAACCCGGAGCAGGGCGGACCUGCCAACACCUCUGUUCUUCUGACCUCUGCCAUUGGAACAUACAAAUCUCAGAUUGACAGCCUAUCUGCUACUAAAGAGGCCAUCAUUGCUGAGAUUGAGCACUAUAAAGGCAUUAUUGAGGACGUUCAGGCCAGGUAUGAAGAGGAAACCUCUCAAACUAAAUCUCUGGAGCUUGACUGGACGGCAUUGAAAGAGGAAGUGGAUAAUCUGUACCUCACCAUCUUUGAGCUGCAGACCAGCAUCGGUGGUUUGGAGGAUCAUAUUGCUCUGUCCAAGCAGGUGUAUGACGCUAAAGUGAAAGAGGUGAGGACCAUCGUGACUGGUGGAAUGAAGUCUGCCGUGUCGAUCUCGGUUGAUAAUGCAGCCCAGGCACAGGAUCUGACCUCAGCGCUGACCGAAGUCAAAGCUCACUAUGAAACCCUGGCUCAACGCAGCAAGCAGGACGCCCUCGUCUCAGUGCAGGACAGUCUCUCCAUGAUGUCUGUAUCCUCUCAGCCCAGUUCACAAACACUCACCACAGCCAAAGAUGAGCUGAGGGCUUACAAACUACAGAUCGACUCUGUGCAGAGGGAGAUCGAAAGGCUCAAGUCUGUGAACUUGCAGCUGGAGUCUCAGGUUGAGGAGGCCGAAUGUCACUCCAACUCUCAUACAGAGACGUACCAGGAUCAGGUUCUGGCUCUCAAGUCUCAGCUUGAUGAUCUGAGGAAGCAAAUCACUCAAUAUGGUCAGGAAUAUCAGGAGCUUCUGGCCAGCAAGAUGUCUCUUGACGUGGAAAUCACCGCCUAUAAGAAGCUCCUGGACAGCGAGGAGAACAGGCUGAAGUCUGGAGGUGGAGUCACUGUGCACAUGUCCAAGACUGUGCUUGGAGGAGGAGCAGGAGGAGCUGGAGGACUAGGUGCUGGUGCAGGAGGCGCAGGUCUGGGUGGAGGUGCCGGUCUGGGUCUUGGAGGUGGAUUUGGGCUGGGUGGAGGUCUAGGAGGAGGUUUUGGAGGAGGUCUGGGAGGAGGUCUUGGAGGAGGUCUAGGUGGAGGUCUUGGACUGGGACUCGGUGGAGGACUGGGUUUUGGAGCAGGAAGUUCCUUCGGUGCUGGUAGCAGUUUCAUGUCCUCAAGCCUGAGCAGCAGCGGUUUGUCGUCCACUGUUUACUGAAGACUCUCAGCCUUAUGAGGUUGUUUAUUCAUCAGCAACACCUCCAUCAGUUCACACUCGUCCAACGCGAUGCCACAAACCUCUACAAUGACAACAAACAUCCAUUGUGAUAUGAUCAUUUUCACUGAGGCUCAAAAUUCUUUUUCUGUUUUUGCAAAAUUGUGCAUCACUUCCUGCUACAAUAAAAAAAAAUCCAUCCUGGUUAUUAUAAA